AUGCCAGCUUCGCCACCUCGUCCGGCUGCUUUAGCAGAUCCAUCAACCACUUAUACAUUAUUAGAGAAACUGGGCACAGGUAGUUUUGGUACGGUAUGGAAAGCAGUGCACAAUGAUACCAGACAGAUAGUAGCUAUCAAGAUGAUUGACCUCGAAUCUUCAGACGACGACAUAUCUGAAAUUCAAGCUGAGAUCGCACAUUUAUCAUCAUGUUGGUCGGAUCACGUAACCAAGUAUUAUGGAUCUUUCGUUAGAGGUGCGAGAUUGUGGAUAGUCAUGGAGUAUUUAGCUGGUGGAAGUUGUUUAGAUUUGUUGAAACCUGGUGUAUUUACAGAAAACCAAAUUGCCAUUGUCUGCAGAGAACUAUUAUUGGGUUUGACAUAUUUACAUGAUGAAGGUAAAAUUCAUAGAGAUAUCAAAGCUGCGAAUGUACUUUUGUCCGCUAGCGGUGAAGUCAAAUUAGCCGAUUUCGGAGUAGCAGCACAACUAUCAUCACAUAAAUCACAAAGACAUACGUUCGUAGGAACACCAUUUUGGAUGGCACCAGAAGUGAUAAGACAAGCUGGAUAUGACGCAAGAGCAGAUGUUUGGUCAUUGGGUAUAACAGCUAUCGAAAUGGCAAAAGGUGAACCUCCAUUAAGUGAAUAUCAUCCAAUGAGAGUUUUAUUCCUCAUUCCAAAAGCAAGAGCACCAAGAUUGGAAGAAACGAAUUGGAGUGAACCAUUCAAAAGUUUCAUAGAGAGAUGUUUACAGAAGGAUCCAAAAGAUCGAGCUACAGCAAAAGAACUGCUUCGACACCCAUUCAUCACUUCUGCUCGUUCAACCUCACAUCUCGUCCCCCUAGUAGAACGAUAUCAAGCCUUCAAAGCACGUUCACCAGGUAAAUCGUCUACUCCCUCGAAGACGCUCAAUAAGUUAGCAGCUGGUUUAGGAGGUCUUACAAUCGGUCCAGGUGGUACGAUGAAGAGUGAAUGGAAUUUCGAUGAGACUAUAAGAGGAACUAUUAAGGGCGUACCCGUUGAAUUGGACCUGGAAAAUCUUCAAGAGGACGAAUGGGAUUAUGAUGACGAAGAUGAAAACAAAAUUGAACAAGUCGAGAGUACAUGGGGAACAGUGAGGGAACGAGAUGAUAUCAUGAAAGCAUCAACGUUGAAUGGAUCCGAAGUCUCCCUACCAAUGUUGGACCGAUCUUCGCCAAAUCCGACCCCUUCAACAGGAUCAUCACCUCAAACACCAUAUUCAGAUGUGCUGGAUCUCAAAUCCUCAAGUGGAAGCGGUACAUCUGGGAAAAGUACUUGGAAACAGAGACAUGACAAGGACAGAGGGACAGUGAUAAGGGAGGGUGAUCUGGGUGAUGGCUUCUCGACUGUUCGACCUAUGAAAAAGGUCGACACCGUUCGAUCCGCUCGACUGUCAACCGACUAUGUAGGCAGCGGAUCAAUUCGAAAGAUCAACGGUGUCCCAAGCCUCGAAAGUCCUAUGAAGCCUACUUCACCUCUAUCUGCUAGGGGAAGAGCGGGACAAGCCUUGGUCGAAGAAGUGAUCGUUAAUGUACUGGACUCGACCGCUGCUGAGGACCAUGAUGCUACUUCACUAGAAGGUAUCAACCUGCUUCGAAAAGGCUUUGCGGACCUGGGAAGUAAUAAUCCUGACUUGGCUUAUAAAGUGGUGAUGGAUAUCCUGGGUGGUAUAAGACAAAAUGACAUUGUACAUUCACAUAUACGCAAUAUGUCCAUGGCGAACGUUAUUCCUCGAUCGAGACCGAUAGUGGAAGUGAACAGUAAACCUCUUACUCCGAAUGACGAGGAUAUAUCACCUCUGCCAAUGAAAAAGGACAAUAAAGAGGGAGAUGAUCUCAUAAGGGAAAGAAGUCCAAUUGCAGAUUUGUUGUAUCUGAGAUGGUUGGAUGGUUUGAGAUUGAAAUGGCCUGGCUCAUGA